AUGGAAAACCAACGUUCCCAAAGUUCUCUACCCACUGGAGAGGCAGACAACCCCAACCCUAACCAGAGUUCAACUAACAGAUCCACUAAAAAGAUGAAAGGGCAUGAAAAGGAGUCCUCUGCCAACGAAAAAGUGGAUGUUACUAUGCGAGGACAAAAGCAAAGUUACAAAGAUUUUAUGGUACACGGGCAACUUUCUGAACAAGCUGUAGCUUAUGAAUGGGCAAUCCGUUAUUAUGUCGUUGUUAGAGUUGCUAUUGAUAUUGAUUUGGACAAGCCUAUUCUUGGUUCCAUUCAAGUAGAAGAUGUGGAAUAA